CUUAAUGUAAAAUAAUACUAAUUUUGUUUAUAAAAAGAAUAAUAUAUGCAUACGCAUUUGCCUGUUAUAUAAGUAAGCAACACCAUCUUUAUUUGUUCCCUGAGAUAUUGCUCCUUCCGGUUUUUACGAUGGAACUAGAAUCAGAAACUCAAGAACUCCAUCUUCGCGUAAAUGGCGAACCUGAAGGGAAAGUUUCAACAGAAGAGAGAAGUCACAACUACUCGUGGAGGUUAAGAGUGUCUCUCUAUGUCACUCUUCUCUUAGCUGGAGAGACAAUAGCCACUCUCUUAGGUAGACUUUACUAUGACAAAGGCGGUAAAAGCACAUGGCUCGAGACCUUGGUUCAGCUUGUUGGGUUUCCUCUAACCCUUCCUUGCUAUUAUUACAUAAAGCCUGAGCCUUCCAAGAAUAAAACCAUAACCAAGAAACCUACUCCUUCCUUCUUGACACUGUCUUUAGUGUAUAUUGGACUUGGCUUGCUUGUUGCGGGGCACAGUGUUAUGUACUCCUUUGGAUUACUCUACCUUCCUGUCUCAACUUUCUCUUUGAUCUCCGCGUCGCAAUUGGCUUUUAAUGCCGUCUUCUCUUACUUCCUAAACUCACAAAAAAUCACACCAUUUAUACUCAAUUCACUUGUUCUCUUAACCAUAUCUUCUACACUUCUUGUUAUCCAACAUGAGCCUGAAUCUUCUAAUUCUUCUUCCUCUAAGUCCAACUAUGUGAUUGGAUACAUCUGCGCGAUCGGUGGCUCAGCUGGUUAUUCUCUGGUGCUUUCUUUAACAGAUUACGCGUUCGAAAAGAUCUUAAAGAAAUACACUUUUAAGGCGAUUUUAGAUAUGGCUACAUAUCCAUCUUUGGUAGCUACUUGUAUUGUUGUGGUUGGACUUUUUGGAAGUGGUGGGUGGAAAAUGUUGAGUACAGAAAUGCAAGAGUUUCAACUAGGGAAAAACUCUUACCUUUUGAUAACAAUUGGUUCAACGAUAUCAUGGCAAGCUUUUUCAAUUGGUAGUGUUGGUUUGAUUCUUGAAGUUUCAUCGCUUUUUUCGAAUGUCAUAAGUACUAUAUGUUUACCCGUGGUUCCUGUUCUCGCUGUUGUGUUCUUCCGCGAUGAGAUGAGCCGAAUCAAGUUGAUUGCAAUGUUUUUGGCCAUAUGGGGAUUUGUUUCUUAUGCUUACCAGCAUUAUGUCGAUGAUCGAAAACCAGAAGAAGAGCAAGAGCUUCCACAACAUGAAGAAAAAGAAGAAAUGUAAGAAGAUAAUAUUCAUGGCCAAGCUUAGACAAAGAUCCAAGAACCAAAGCUUGUAAAUAAGAACCAAUAAACAGUUAUAUAUAGUAGUCACUAGCUAGAAUAAAAUUGGAAAGUUUUUAAAAUAUCAAGUGUACUCUGUCUUCUUGUACCUUUGUUAA